UGCAGUGGAGAGUGCUUUGGUCCGGACUGUGUUGACUCUAAACCGCCUUUUGAGCGGCGCGUGAGGGCGGCGACAUGCACACGCAGCUGGUGGGCAUCAUCCUGGGCAUCAUCGGCCUCCUGGGGACCGGCCUCAUCUGCGGACUGCCCGCCUGGAAGGUGACGCCCUUCGUGGGCGCCAACAUCAUCACCGCUCAGAUAUUCUGGGAGGGUCUGUGGAUGAACUGCGUGAUCCAGAGCACGGGCCAAUCGCAGUGUAAGGCGUACGACUCCAUCUUGGCGCUGCCCCGCGAGCUGCAGGCCUCCCGGGCCCUGGUGUGCGUCUCCUUGGCGGUGGGCGCGGUGGCCGUCGGACUGUUUGUGCUCGGGGCUCGGUGCACCAGCUUCUUCCGCCACGACUGGCCCACCAAGAACAACUUGGGGGUGGCGGCCGGCGUGGUCUUUGUGCUCGCCGGCGUCCUCUGCAUCAUCCCUGUCAGCGUGAUGGCGCACAGCAUCAUCACGGGCUUCUUCAACCCGCUGCCCACCGAGGAGAGGCGGGGGGUUUGUAUGACCUGCGCGCUGCCCAUGUGGAGGGUGUCGGCCUUCAUCGGCGCCAACAUCGUGACGGCGCAGGUGUACUGGGAGGGCCUGUGGAUGACCUGCGUGUUCCAGAGCACGGGCCAGAUGCAGUGCAAGGUCUACGACUCCAUGCUGGCGCUGCCCCAGGACCUGCAGGCGGCGCGCGCCCUCACCGUGGUGUCCAUUAUCGUCGGGGUGCUGUCGCUCCUCAUCUCCCUGGUCGGGGCCAAGUGCACCAACUGCAUCGAGGACGAGGGCGCCAAAGCGCGGGUGAUGAUUUCCUCCGGCGCCGGCUUCAUCGUGGCGGCGCUGACCCAGUUGGUGCCCGUGUCGUGGUCGGCCAACACCAUCGUGGUGGAGUUCUACAGUCUCAUCAUCCCGUCCGGCCAGAAGAUGGAGAUCGGGGCGGCUCUGUACCUGGGCUGGGCCGCGGCCGCCCUGCUGCUGAUCGGCGGCUCCAUCCUGUGCUGCAGCUGCCCCCCUAAGGAGGAGAAGGCCAGCAGGUACAGCAUUCACCCGCAGAGCCGCGUGGCCUACUCGGCCGCCCCCAAGUCCACGGCCCAGAGCUCCUACAACCGGAGGGACUACAUCUAUCAGACCAGAGUCAUCCAGAAGGCAAAGGCAAUUCUGGUCAACCCUCAGAACCCUCUCUUCUCAGAGUUUAGAGUCUUACCCUCAGGAUGCAGCACCAUCCCGCCAUCCCCUUGCUUCCCAACAGCGACCAAGGACAAAGGAGGCGCCGCCAUGUCGAUGGGCUUGGAGAUCGUGGGCAUCUCGCUGGGCAUGCUGGGCUUCCUGAUGGCCAUCGUGACGUGCGCCCUGCCCAUGUGGAAGGUGACGGCGUUCAUCGGCGCCAACAUCAUCACGGCGCAGGUGAUCUGGGAGGGCCUGUGGAUGAACUGCGUGACGCAGAGCACGGGCCAGAUGCAGUGCAAGGUCUACGACUCGCUGCUGGCGCUCUCCCCGGAGCUGCAGGCCUCCCGGGCCAUGAUUAUCAUCGCCAUCAUCCUGGGCGUGCUGGGGGUGCUCGUCUCCAUCAUGGGCGCCAAGUGCACCAACUGCAUCGAGGACGAGGGCGCCAAGGCCCGGGUCAUGAUCGUCUCCGGAAUCUUCUUCGUCCUCGCCGGCCUCCUGGUCCUCAUCCCGGCCUCCUGGUACGCCAGCGUCAUCGUGCGCGACUUCUACAACCCCAUCGUGACCAACGCGCAGCGGCGGGAGCUGGGCGCCGCCCUCUACAUCGGCUGGGGCGCCGCCGCGCUGCUCCUGAUUGGCGGCGCCAUGCUGUGCAGCAGCUGUCCCCCCAAAGACAAACGCUACAAGCCGCCCAGGAUGGCGUACUCCGCCCCGCGCAGCAACAACGGGCCCGCGGCCACGCACGACCGCAAGGACUACGUUUGAACCCCAAUCUGUGUGUGUGUGUGUGUGUGUGUGUGUGUGUGUGUGUGUGUGUGUCGCACACUUGUCUUUCUAUUCUUGUGUAGACCACUUCUUACAAUCUGUUAUAUGUGUCUUUGUGAGGACACUUAGUCUGUGUGUGUGUGUGUCGUACACUUGUCUUUCUGUUCUUGUGUGGACCACUUUUUUUAAGCUGUUAUAUGGUCUCUUUGUGAGGACAUGUGUGCGUGUGUGUGUGUGUGUGUGUGUGUGUGUGUGUGUGUGUGUGUGUGUGUGUGUGUGUGUGUGUGUGUGUGCACUUGUCUCACCAUCCUUGUGUGGACAUACACUUGACAAACCACCCUUUCUGUGAGGACCUUUUGACUUGUGAGGUCCUCACAACUACAGAAGUAAACUUUUUUUUUUUUUUUUUACUUUGUGUGUUUUGCAUUCUGAAGUGAGGUUGCAACUCUCUACUC